CCUCGGUUGUCCAAGCCCUGCUCGGUGUUGGAUUACCUGUUUUGGACCGGCGGAAGAGUGCGUCUCGGAACUUUGUCUACUUUGGUUCGUGUCUGGAGGUGAAGUCGGAGCAAGUGUGAAUCAUUAGUUUGCUGUCGUUCGUACACGUCGAGACAGCUGCACAAAAGAACAAUGAGUUUCCAGUGGACAAUCGUAGCGGCUUUCCUCUACGCGGAAAUUGCCGUCGUUUUACUUCUCAUGAUCCCGUUCAUCUCGCCUAGGACAUGGAACAAGUUGUUCAAGUCGCGGUUCCUCAAAAGCCUCGGUGCCCAAGCGGACAUCUACUUCACAGUUAUGAUCGUUGUCCUCGUCCUCUUCUUCUUCGAUGUUCAGGGCCGCUUUCUGUUGCAGAUUCCUGUCCGGGAGAUGCGCAAGUACGGUGCCCACCGCGAAGAGGCGCAGUCAGAGUACCACCACCACGGAAACCUCGACGUGGAGAUGCAGCAGAGCAUGAAAAUGUUCCGAGCCCAGCGUAACUUCUACAUUGCUGGCUUCGCCCUCUUCCUGUGGUUGGUAAUCCGUAGGCUGGUGACACUAAUCAGUGCCCAGGCUGUCCUGUUGGCUGUCAACGAAGCAUCCAUGAAGCAGGCGCAGUCUGCCACUGAAGCUGCCCAGAACCUCCUCAAGAAGAGCGAUAACGCGAAGCAGAACGAGGGUAACAGCAAGACUGAAACCCUGGAGAGGGACAUCAAAGAACUCAAGACCGAGCUGGAGAACGCCCGCAAAGAAGUGACCCACCUGACCAAGGACAGGGAUGCCUUGAAGCUGCAGGCGGAGAACUUGAGCAAGGAGUAUGACCGGCUGUGUGAGGAACACUCCAAGGCACAGGCUGCAGGUGGCGAGCCAACAAGCAAGAAAGACAACUAGGAAUUUCGUAAUCCAUCCUCCGAGCCAGUGUGACUGCUGUUCGGGUGAAGAUUGCACGAGCACUUUGGUCUUCUUUUUCUUGAACCACAGCCAUGCUUCUCGGAGAGAGACAAAGCACAUUGCAAAGUGAACAUUGAAGCGUGGGUGUGUGUGUAUGGGAUGUGAUAUUUUAACAGCUAAUAUUGUGUGCUGAAUGUGGGGGUUUGGCGUUUGUCACGACUGUUUGCACAUCACAUUUCGCUGCUCUUGCAGGAAGUGUGUAUUUAGUUGAAAUAUGCCUUGUAAAAUAUAGUGUUUGUGUCUUCUCCCUAUUGUUCUGAUACUGUUCUUUUACUAUUUUGUUUAGAGACAGCAGCGCAUAUUGUUAGGUUCUCUGUCGCUAGAACCGUCAGGCGCACACAAUGCCUGGCACAUUGUUUAUAGAACUACUUAUGCAAUGUUACUCAAAUACUAAAGCAACUUCGGACCUUCCUGUUCAGUUGUCUACACAUGCACUAAACAAUAAGCAUGCGCACAGAAAUGUGAUUUACUUUUUUGAAUGCUCUUGCCUCAAAUGUAAUGAAAUAAAAAGAUCUCCGGUGUA